AAUUCGGUUUGAUGUUGUUUCACUUUGGUACAGUUUGUUCUCAGUUUGCAUUUGAUUCGGUUUAAGUUUAAUUAAAACUAAUACGAACACAUAAAUAGACUGAUAAAUCAUCGCCAGUGAAUGUUAUAUAAUGUAAAUAUGUUUGAUCAAAAAAAUAUAAUGUAAAUAUGUAAUAGGAUAUAACUAAAAUUUUAUAAGAUUUCAGGGUUUUUUGUUUGAGUUAGCUGGGUUACAUUAAUUAAAAUCGAAUACAAUAAUAAAGCCAAUCGGUUUAUAAAAAAAACAUUCGGGUCGAUUUUCAUAUGGUCGGGUUUUCUUUUGCUACACUUACUAUCGGUCCACCUGCAUGCUCUAAUAGUAGCAGGUAUCUCUUAUAUAGAGUCACAUCCCCAACUAUGCUAGUCGUGGGUAAAGAGAGUACAAUGGCCGAGAAAAACGCAACGCCACUGCAACCGCCGCAAACGCAGGAGGAUGAGGAGGAGAAGAGGGAGAUGUAUGCUGUAUGGGCUGUACCAGAGGAAGACGUAGAAGAUCGGCUUCGAAGGCUAAUGGAGGGACUAAGGUCGGAGUUCGGUGGUCCACCGUUUGAUCCUCACUUAACGCUCGUCGGACCGCAGAAGCUUACUGCCGGCGAGGCAAAACUGAUGUUUGAGGCGGCGUAUGAAGGUUUUAAGGCGUAUCCGGCCACCGUUGACCAAGUCUCCGCAGGAACUUCCUAUUUUCAGUGUGUCUAUGUGUCUCUCCGGCACACCGUAGAGGUAAUGAAUGCUGCCGGACAUUUUAUGGGCCACUUCAAAGCCUUCUCCGGAAAACUUUACGUGCCACAUAUGAGCAUACUUUACGGCGAUCUAACGGAGGAAGAGAAGAAGAAAGCGCUAGAGAAAGCUUCCACGCUUGAUUCGAGUCUAGACGGUCUGAAUUUUCGGAUAAAUCGAGUUGAGCUAUGGGUAACCGAUGCGGACGUUGGAUCUUGGGUGAAAAUCGACGAACACAAUCUAAUUUCUUAAAUGAAAUUUAUGAGAGAAAAACUAUUAUAGUUUUUGGUCUAUUUUCGAUUUUACUCUUGUGCUUGUUCGGUUUAAUUUAUCGGUUAUAAGGCUUGGUUUAAUGUGGUAUAAUCAUGGUUUGGUUCAUAUUUGUUAUCGGUUUGACCUAAAUGAUGUUUGCAGUUUGCUUUUUUUAUUUGUUGUUGUUGCUUGCUACUGGUUUUGUGAUAAGAUCUAAUGACAAUGUGAAAUUUAUCAA